CGAGAAAUUUCUUGGGUCGGUGAUGGUCCACCUAUCUCGGAACCAUAUUGCGGAUAUCAUGGUGAAAAAUGCAAGUCUUACACGAUUGAGAUAAUAGGUGGUAUAGCAGGUGGAUUACUAUUAAUCAUUGUCGCAGUACUAUUAAUUCUAUAUAGAAAUUGGAAAUACGAGCAAGAGUUGGAUUCGUUACUUUGGAAAGUAAACUAUAAGGAUAUUCAGAUCAAAGAGGCAAAGGAUGAAAACGGAGCAUCUAACGAGAUCUCAAUCAAAUGUAAUUCCAAGACGACGCAACCGAUAGUGAGAACGAGUCAGGUAUCCUUGAGCUCGAAUCCUGAUGCCGAUUUUCGCUAUUCCAUGAUUUAUACACAAAUUGGAGUUUACAAAGGACGAAUCUUUGCCAUUAAAAAAAUAAGAAAGAAAUCAAUCGAGAUUACACGAGAGAUGAAGAAGGAAUUGAAAAUAAUGCGAGAUUUGAGACACGAUAAUUUAAAUGCAUUUAUCGGUGCUUGUACCGAUCCUCCAAAUAUAUGCAUCGUCGUUGACUAUUGUGCACGAGGCAGCUUGAAGAUAUUUUUUCAGGAUAUUUUAGAAAACGAGGAUAUAAAGCUCGAUAACAUGUUCAUGGCAUCGCUGGUCGGUGACAUUAUAAGGGGCAUGAUUUAUCUUCACGAGUCUGUCAUAAAAUAUCACGGAUCGCUCAGCACGUCAAACUGCCUCGUGGAUUCUCGUUGGGUCGUAAAGCUGUCGGAUUUUGGGCUUCGCGAAUUUAAACGAGACGCCGAAUGUGAGCCAAGUGACGUUAUGAAAAAAUACCACGGAUUAUUGUAUAGAGCACCAGAAUUAUUACGUUCAACUGGUCUCGAUGAACCAUCAGCGAGAGAUUUUCAAAGAGGAGACGUAUAUUCCUUCGCUAUAGUUCUUUACGAGCUUCAAGGUCGCCAUGGUCCUUUCGGUAUAACUCAAUCAUCUACUCCUGAAAUUUUGAAGAAAAUAAUAACGAGAAACACAACAAAUCCACCAUACAGACCACCGUUGGAACAGCUAGAGAACACUUUUGAUUUUGUACGUGACUGUUUGUUGGAAUGCUGGGCUGAAGAUCCAGAAAAUCGGCCGGAUUUUAAGAUCAUAAGGAACAAAUUAAGACCUCUGCGAAAGGGCAUGAAACCGAACAUAUUUGAUAAUAUGAUGGCAAUGAUGGAAAAAUAUGCAAAUAAUCUCGAAGCUCUUGUGGACGAACGAACUGAUCAAUUGACAGAAGAAAAAAAAAAAACAGAUGCAUUGUUGUAUGAGAUGCUUCCAAAAUACGUGGCCGAACAAUUAAAACGUGGAAACAAAGUGGAAGCUGAAAGUUUCGAUUGUGUCACAAUUUAUUUCAGUGAUAUCGUUGGAUUUACUUCGAUGUCAGCCGAAAGUACACCCUUACAGGUGGUGGAUUUCUUAAACGACCUGUAUACGUGUUUCGAUUCAACAAUAGAAAAUUACGACGUUUACAAAGUCGAAACUAUCGGCGAUGCUUACAUGGUUGUAAGUGGAUUGCCGAUAAGAAACGGCAUUCAUCAUUCUGCAGAAAUCGCCAGUAUGUCCUUGUGCCUCUUAGAUGCUAUCAAGCAAUUCACGAUACGUCAUAGACCUUUGGAUAAAUUGCAACUUCGAAUAGGAAUUCAUUCGGGUCCUGUUUGUGCUGGAGUCGUGGGUUUAAAAAUGCCACGAUAUUGUCUAUUUGGUGAUACUGUAAACACAGCCAGUCGUAUGGAAUCAACAGGAUCUCCAUUAAAAAUUCAUUGUAGUAGCGAAACGAAAAAGUUAUUGGAUGAGCUAGGUGGAUUUAGUCUAAUUGAACGCGGUGUAGUUUCCAUGAAAGGUAAAGGAGAUCGAUUGACCUACUGGCUGAUAGGUGAGGAUCCAGUGUCACGAGAAGAACGUUGGAAAGAAAGAACAAAUCGUAAAAAUGCAACGAACGGUAAAUGUACGAAUACAAUCGAUCCACUCGUACCACGAAGUUCAUUAAAGAACAAAUCCCUUAUGAGUUCGACAUUCAUGAGAUGUUCAAGCGAGUCACCAAAACGUUUACGUUUUGCUAGCUCUGAUCAGCUGGAUCAAAAGUGUAUAAGAACGAGUAACCAAUUGGAAUCGAUCGUCGACAAUAGUCCCUGUAAACCAAAAUUAUCAUCCUCGUCUUUAAUGAAGGCCGCUUGUAUAGAAAACUGGAGAUCGAGUAGCAAUUCUUGUCCAUGUGUAGAGAAACUUUGUGAAAGUCAAUCGGAUCUUUUGCAACAUCCACUUGAUCCAAGUAAAAAGAAACUAAACGAUCUUCAAUUAGAUAACAGUUUCCUUUUCGACAAUGAUUCUUAUCUUUUAAGAGCUGGCAUGAAAAAUCUUCGAUUUGGUACAUCAACGAUAUUUCAAGUAACUUGUAGAUCAGCACCGAGCAGUCCUAAACAUAGUUCGAUUAUCUUAAACGCACAAAAAAGAGCGACUCAAUCGACUGAAGAUAUCGAUGGAUGGGAAGUGAAUGCUCCGUUAAUUUGUCACCAUGGUAAUAGGAUCGAUUGAAGAAAAUGAAUUAUUUUUCUUUUUUUUUUUUUCGAGCUUUAGAUUUUUAUUCAUUGUGACAUUUUAUGUAAGUAAUUUGAAGUUCUGUCCUUAAGAUAUAAAAACGAAAGAUGAAUGAUUUCUACGACAGCUGAAAUUAUUUAUUAGUUUCAUUUAUUUAUCGUAUAGUAAAUGUUACUUUAAAAUUUUUCUUAAAGGAACUAGGGAAAUUUGGAAUUUUAAAUGUUGGCACGCGUUAAAUUGUUCGUAACAAGGCCGCAAAUGAAUUUCUUUUUACGGUAUUGAUUAUAACAUUAUAAAAUAUGAAAAUCCAUUGAGAAUCAUUCCAGCUUGUAAUAUCAGCGCUUCAACGUAAUGAAUCAAACUAUAUAAAAUCUAAUUUUACCAUGAUUCCAAUCGAAUGGAUGAAGGUUUUCAAAAAUUCCGAAGAUAUUUCUUUUCCUUAGGUUUCCCUUUAUUAAUUAUACCUGAAAAAUUGAAAAUCAAAAUAAG